GAUUGGAAAUCGUGAGGUAAGGUGAUGCAUCCAAAUAGAAGCUACAUUUUCUCACAUAUGUUGACCAUGUCUAGGAAAGGGCUACUGAUUCUGGUGUUCCUGUCCUCUGUUGUGGCACUGUGUGUUGCUAGGCAGCCCCACGAUGCUGAUAUCGAUGAUAAUGAAUUUGCAGAGUUUGAAGAAUUUGAAGAUGAAGAAGAAGAGGCUGUAAUAGAGGAAGAACCUAUAGUAGAAAAGAAAGUGCAACCACGGGACAUCGCUGGGGAGGAAGUUGAAGAAGAGGAUGAUGAAGUUGUUGUAGAGACAGAAGAUGAUGAGUUUGAACAUCUUCAGGAUGAAGAAGAGUUUGAAGGUUUUGACAAGGAGAGAGGUUCUACCAAGGGGAAGUCCCAGGACAAGCUACCUGAUCUGGAGAUGGCCAAGGUGCCUCUUCAUCUCCGCACCAACUGGGACAGCUUCUACCUGGAGAUGCUGAUGAUAGCAGGCCUCGGCGUGUACUUCCUUAAUUUCCUGGCAGGCAAGACCAAGAAUGGAAAACUGGCUCAGUGUUGGCUGGGGUCACACAGAGAGAUAUUGGAGUCCAACUUUGCCAUCGUAGGAGAUGAUGGCUCGGCCAAAGAAGUGACAUCUGGCAUCCUGAUGAAGGACUCUGAGAAUGUGUAUGCGCUGUGGUGCAGCGGCCGGACCUGUGUGGAGGGGAUGCUGGUGGAGCUGAAGCUGCUGAAGCGCCAGGACCUCAUCAACUGCCUCCUGCGUCUCUUCAAGCCUGCAUCGGACCAGGUGGUUGUCACUGUGGACAUGGAAAAGGCCAUCAUGGACAAGUUUGUGUUCUGCAUUGCACACAAGAAAGUUGCAACCAAACUACACAAGGAUAUGCAGGACUUGAGUCAGUUCACGGAGAGGAAGAAUGUGGACCGCUACGACCUACCUGCAUCUUACCAAGUGCUGUCAGAAGUUGGGGAAGCCACAUCCGCCAUCCUCGACAAGAAGGUGUGUCAGGUGCUGACGAAGUUCGAGGGUCUGGUGGAUUUCAUGCAUUUCUCUGAUCAGUACUCGGGACCUAAAAACCAGGAUGAGUCACAGCCUACCAAAAUGCCCACAACUAAAUCGGUGCUAAUCUUUAGUUUUAAUGUUCCUGGACGAGGAAAGACAAAGACUUCUGACAUGGAGGUGAUCCGACCCUUGCUGCAGCUUGUGUUUUAUUGUAUGGACAAGAUUGGUCGUCUGCAGCUGAGUCGGGAAGCUAAGAACAAAUCUGAAAAGAAUCGACAGAAGGCCGAAGAAGUGUUUCUGAAGCAGGCCCACGCCCAGAGACAAGAAGCAGCUCAAGCUCGCCGGGAGGAGAAGAAACGAGCGGAGAAGGAGCGACUUCUGUCAGAAGAAGAUCCUGACAAGGCCCGCAAGUUGGAGGAACGUGAGAGUCGCCGUGAAAUGAAGAGAAAACAGCCGAAGAUGAAGAUGAUGAAGAUGAAGGCAAUGUAGACCAUGUAGACCAUGAUGAAUUUGACAGUGUGUUUAGGCAGGUGGCCACAGACUCUAGACAACUCAACCAAGUGUGAUUAUAUUAUACCAGAAAUGGAACAAGUUCCACAUUGUCAUUGCAUGCAGACAUGAUUGUUAAGCGGUUGCAACCAUAUCACCAUUUCAUUUUACCUCUCGACUUUUUUCUAGGCCAAAUACACCACCUGCUGGCGGAGCUUAUCAUGUAAUAGCUGACGUAGGCACUGUCCAUCAUCAGUAGAGGUCUUUUACUUUUGCUUCUUUUACUUCUCAUGAUCAUUUCUCUUCAGUUCUUCUUGGAUGAGACCAUAAUUGUCAUUGUACGUAAAUGCUCAAGGGCUGCAGCUAUGGGGGAAUUUGACCAUGAUAUGGUUGUUGACUAAAGCCUUGGGCAGGAGAGGUAUUUUAUUACGUCCAUACAUGACCAGCUAUCUGUGACUAGUAGUAAUACCUUUCUACAAAUGUGUUAUGGACUUAAUAAAGAAACAGAACAGAAUCGUGAUUGAAAGAUGCUGUGAAGGUGAUGAAAUUUGAAAACAGGCUUUUAGCUUUAGUUUCUUAUGUUAUUUGCUAAAUAGGGCAGAAAUACAGAUAUUUCGUCAUAUUAAUGAGAAUACAUAUGAACCAGAACUAUGCCUUUUACAAAGAUAUGUAUCAUAGAUUUAGAUUGAUUUAACAUGUUUAAUACUUAGGGAUCAAGUAACAUAUGGUCCUCAUUGGCCUGUUUAACUCAUUGCCUUCUGUCUGUAAGGUUCUGUUGAAGCAUUUUCAGAGAGUUCUUGACCCAGGUUGUCUGUGUGUGAAGCAUUGCCUGUUACUAUCAGGUUAAAUUGUCUGCUCGUAAAAAGCCUGUUUGAGAAUAUCUGUCAAAGGCACGGAUAGUAUAUGGUCACAGAUGGAUUAACACACAUCUAUGAUGAGAACCAUGUUUGUGAACAAUAGUCACAGAGGGUCAUGGAUAUAUCCUUUUAUUACCUAUAGGGUUAGUCAUAACCAAGUUCAUAAAACAUGUAUGUGUACUAUUGCAAAUAUCAAUUCAUGGUCACCAUUGUGUGCGUCAUCCAGUCUUCAUGGUUGACCUCGUUCAAAUCUUAUUGUGACGUAAGGUUGGAAUGACGUCACACUAUAAAUGACUUCACAGCUGAAGAUUGUUGACGCCGUUCCACAAUUGUGGUUUUCUUAGACGGCGGUCAUGAUCAGUGCAUUUUUAUUAGGGAGAGCUAAAAAAGAUUAAGAAAUAAUAGGUAAUAAAGAAAUUAUUACACUCGCAUGUGUGCCAUAAUGACUUCACGAAACUUGCUCGGGAAAUACAAGAAUUCUCACACUCAUUUCCUAAAAUCAGUAUAACGAACAUGCUCGUAUGAAAAUCUCUAUUUAUUUUUAAAUUGUCAUACUUUUGUGUUGCAUAUAAUAUAUAAUGUGUGUGAUGGCAGCCUGAUGAAUGGUGUUGUUCACUGCCAGUGUUUAUUUUAUCCCAGACACAAAAGAAGGAAUGGUGAAAAUGUACACAGUUUUAACAUUUGUAUUUCAUUUCCAUUUUCAAAUUCAUUUGUUUAUAGAUGAGAAUGCCUGGACAUGAAAGUACAGGAUGUAAUUUUUGGUCUUCCAAUAGUGUAGCCAUUUCAUUAACUUUCUUUGCCAUUUGUACACUUUUCUCUGAACUUUGGCCUUUCUAUGUCAAUAGUCAAGAUAUUUAAUGUAACAUACCUGUAAUACCAGCUCAUCAUGUCAGUGAAACAUGAGAGUGUAAUGGAGUUCUCAUACGAUCAAUUAUUGUGCGGUGUGAGUGAGUGUGGUUUAAGGUACAAGAUGGGUGUAUGUCAGGCUACAUGGUUACACACACCAGCUAUUUAUUGUACAGGGGUUUCAUGGAUAUCAGCACAUACUACAGUAUAAAUCAGGGUUGUAACAUUACAAAGCAAUAGUUUCACUGGCGAUGGAAUUUUAAUGGGUUUUAGUUGAGUCAUAGGUUAAAGGAAUUAGAUUUGGAAUAUGCCUUUCGUGUAUUCUGAUCACAUUGAGGAUGUGACAUUACAUGGAACAACUGGUACCUGACUUUCACCCCACUGUAUUUGGCAGAUACUAAACUAAUCAGAUCAUUUGGACCUCAUUUUACCCUGAUCCUGUAUGUUGUUUGACCAUGUAUGUUGUUUGUCUUCUUCUGUUUGUGUACAAAGUGAAUCCAAUAAAAUGUCUGUGUUUGUACCAUA